CCCAUUGUAUUCCUGUAUUGUUCAAAAGGAGAGUAGAUGUGCCAAGAGUUGGCAACAAUUACUUAAAAAAAAAAAAAGAAAAAGAGAGUUGGCAACAAUGGCUCCUCCAUUCUCCUCUAUUUUCGUUGUCUCUCUUUUGUUUCUUGGUUUUUUCGUGCAAGCCCACGGUCAUGGGGUUCAAUCGGCUGCAUUUACUUAUGAGGGCUCACAUGGACCUCAAAAAUGGGGAAGCUUGAGCCCAAGUUAUGCAGCUUGCUCCAAUGGGAAAUUACAAUCACCAGUAGACAUUUCGAAGGAUCACAGCGUGUUUGGGAAGGAGCUUCAAACACUAGCCAGAAAAUACAGUAUUGCUAAUGCUACACUUACCAAUAAUGGCUUCAACAUUGGGGUACACUUUUGGGAGAAUUCAGGAGGAACAGCUAUCAUAGAUGGCAAAAACUACAUCCUCAGACAAUUGCAUUGGCAUUCUCCUGCAGAACACCGCCUCAACGGAGAGCAAUAUGCAGCCGAGCUUCAUCUAAUCCAUCAGGCAGAAGACGGCACCCUCUCCGUCAUUGCAAUUCUCCUCCAAAUCGGUGAACCCGAACCCCUACUCGCAAAGAUACAAGACAAAUUGGUGGAGUUAGCCAAUGAAAAAUGCGGCGGCGACGAAGUGGCUCACGUUGCACUUGGAGACCUAGACACAAAGCACUUGAGAAAGAAGACUCGCAAAUACUACAGAUACAUCGGCUCUCUCACAACUCCUCCCUGCACCGAAAACGUCAUAUGGAACGUUCUCGGCAAGGUGAGGACAAUUUCGCAGCAACAAUUGGAAGCACUGAAGGCGCCAUUGGAUCCAGUGUAUAAGAACAACGCCCGACCAGUACAGCCGCUCAAUGGCCGGAAGAUUGAGAUCUACGACGAGCUCAGCGAGUACUAAAACCUCUCCUUUUCUCUCUCUCGCGCCUUCAUUUUGCCGCCCAAUUUACAAUCAGUUAAAGCAAAGGAGAGAAUGCAAUUUUAAAAAGGAAAAAAGAAAAAGAGGUGGUAAAUACCAUUGUAACCUUUUGAUUCUGAUCCUUCCGUGGAUUUAUUGAUUGGUAAAUGGUCAUUUCACAUUUCCUCCCUAAUUACUUAUAAAAACAACCAUUCUACUUUAUUUUACUAAUUAUGAAUAAUUGUAGCAUAAAAGAAAUGGGGAAAAAUAACAUUAAUUUCUUUUCGAC